GUUGCUGGAGGUAAGAAGACGGGGAGUCAUGCCUGAAAAACUGGCUUCAUUUCAUUAGACGAUAGGACGUUUGUCAGUGGAGACGGGCAGCACAUUGGAGUGUGACAUUUUUUACACUUCUGACUGUUUAUCUGUCCUCUCCCGCCCACCGUGUUGGUUUGUUUAUCUCAUCGCAAACAAUCUCCUACCUAAUUAGAUUUUAUAGGCUUUAGUGUGCAUGAGCCAGGCGGUUGUAAAGUUUAUUUUCACUAUCCCGGGAGGCUUUCCGUCUGUAAAAUAUCCAUCCUAACGACUAAUUUGGCCUUGCAUUCCAACCUAAAAAUUGCAUUUCUUGAAACAACUGAAAUACCUUUGAUAUAACACAACUUAUUUCCAAAAAGAGCGGGAUUUGUUUCAUAUUUUUUCUAGAAAAAGAAGUGGUAGUUGAAGAAAGUGAUAUUGUUUCAGUCCGCUCACAAAGUGGCAGCUGAUUUUAUAAAACACUUGAUUCGGGACAUUGGUUAAAAACAGUUUGUUUGUUUUUAACUGUGAGAAACACUCCAGUUGUGAUAAACUUGAGCACAAUAGGAAAGUUCGCAGGUUAACUGUCUUAUCGCCACUAACCACCCUCUCUGUUCUUGUUCAGGGUGCUGAGAUUCUGCAAGGAGCCGUGACAGGAGACCGGCCAGGGAAAAGGAUUUUGGGCCGCGCAAAAACUAGGAGGAGGCGCCUCUCGCGUUGAAGCAGCGCCGCUUUUAGAUGGAUUCUUCAUGUUUGCUUCAGCCUCAGAGGAGACAGCCUGCUCUGAAGAGUUGCACACUGUGACAAUCAGGCGAAAAGCAUGACACAUCACAGUGUAUGGAUAGCCAAAAACAUGACCUGCACCCAGCGUGGGACAAGCGUCUUUCCUGUCCUCUCUGGUGCGCACUUGGAGCAGAGCGUGCACAGGACAGCUGGUGGGACCAGAUGGAGGGUUCGGAGGAAGGAUAGACAAGAGAUUACUUCUGUAAUGUCAGCCAAGGCCAAGGUGCUGCUGUGGGUGCUCCUGUCUCUGUUGCCUCUGGCAGAAGGAGCUCAUGUGAGAGCUGGUGCUGGUGUAGCUGGUGUGGGAGCAGACUCAGGCCCUGCUGUGGGCCUGCUGGGAGGCCAGGAGGAGCGAGAGCUUCCUGUGACGCUGCCAGAGGUGGUGGAGGAUGAGGAGCAGGAAGACGACAGUGACCCUUACUCUACUUGGCAUGCUCUAUAUGACCCCUUUGUAAUGGAUGAGGUGGAUGACCAUCCCAGUAGUCGCUGGGUGGGGCGCUCUCCAAGAUCCUCCGACCCCUCUGAACCUCAACCCAAGGGAUCACCAAAGAAAAAGAAGAAGAGGAAGAAGAAAGAAAAGGAGGAAGAGGAAGAGACAGGAAAAGGAGAUAGAAGGGGUAAAGGUAAAAACAGGCAGCCAAAGCAGAGCAGCAGGGACUGCCGUGUGGAGAAGAGAGAGAUGAAGGUUCGGGACCUGGGACUGGGGUUUGACUCAGAUGAGAUUGUCCUCUUCAAGUUCUGCGUGGGCUCCUGCCAGUCUUCGCGAACAAACUACGACUUGGCACUGAGAGCCUUGCUGGAGAAUGGCUCGCUGCCCCGGCGUACUACCCGCAAGGUCAGCAACCACCCCUGCUGUCGGCCUGACCGGUAUGAGCCAGUUUCCUUCAUGGACGCGCAGACCACAUGGAGGACCAUCCAGUCAUUAUCCGCUGCCAGCUGCAUGUGUAUGGGCUGAAGAAAUUAACAAAGGAGAGGGUGACAAAAAGGGGGAGGGUAGCUGUUGCCCUUCUUGAACAGAAAUUAGUCAAUAGGCUCAGUGUGGAUGGUACAGUACGUACAAGAAAGCCGGGGUGCAAGGAUGAGCCAGAUGGGGGUGCUGUAACACACACAGAGCAGAGGACGUGAUGGAGGCCGCUUGUUCGCUUCCUGUUAAGGAGGAAGAGGUCUGGGUGCAGCUGAACAACUGAGGGCAAAGGUCAAGAUCAGAGCCUGAGGGGGAGGUCGUCAGGGAAUCACAGUCUGGAUUUAUUGUUUGCCUCUUCAAAGAGUGAAUUGUUUUCAACUGGUACCCAAUGCAGUACACCCCAGACCGAUUAUUACUCAUAAAAUAGACUCUUAAUGUGUAACAGGACUGUUUUGAUUUGGGUGAGACCCAAAGGCUGAAGCUCAAGAGAUACAAAGAAAAGACACUGUUAAAGGACUGACACUGUGUUUAUAUGCUGACUCAGACUAAAGAAAGAAAAAGACUGACACAAUGUUCACUAUUACUCACAGUGAAGACAGCUCCUCCCAGAAGUUCAAUAUAAUUUUUUCCCACACAAAAACAGGGACAUUACAUUUUCUAUGUUCAGGUGAACUCAUCCAAAUGGAUGCCAUGCAUCUUCAUGUAUUACUGUAUAAAAGUAAAAAUAUAUUUAUUUCUGAUAAAUUAUUUAUUUAUUAUAGCUUCCUAUGAGAGCUGUUUUUACGAACUAUAUUGUAGAUGAAUAUCUAUUUAUUUCAAGAUUCAGAUUUCAUGUUGACAGUUAUUCUGCUCUCGUACAUCGUUUAUAAAGGUGCUGAUUUUCUUUUUCCGAGCUGUCAAAUGCCUCAUAAACUUGGACUCAACAGAUUCUGAGUGGAACGAGACUGGAUGCAAUUUAUGUUUCUAAAAAUGUGGAAACAAAAACACCAAAGUUUAAAUACUUCCUCACAUUUCACACCAGAUAGACAUUUAGACAGAUAGACAAAAAUCACAACAACAGAUUUUAAAAAUAAAUUGACCUACAGUGAAAGAUGUGGUGUACUUACAAAUAUAUAUGCGUAAGAGUAUCUCACAUAUUUGAGUCUGACAGCUGAUCUCUACAGUUGUGGCUGAUAUUGAGUCAUUAUUUCAGCUUAUCCCAAACUGUAAUGGAAACUGAAAAUCAGUUUUAUGUGUCCAGAAUGUAGCAUGAAGCAUUUAUACUACAGGACAUCAACAUGUCUCAUCUUAAAGUGGUUGAGUAAUUCAGUUACACACUACCAGUAUGUCAUGUAUAAUUAUUAUUAUUAUUAUUAUUAUUAUUAUUAUUAUUAUUAUUAUUAUAAAUUUAUUUUUGUAUGGCAUUAUCCUCCAAGGGAAUAAAGUUCU